AUGGGUAUCCCCAUGUGGCGCGAGCCUUCCGAGGCCGAUUUAAUCAAGUCUGCACUGGAAAAGGACUCUACUGCUGCGGGGCGAUCCUCGAUUCGCCGUGCGAAUGCGACCCGGCGUCCAUCAUCGCACACUACCUCUCGUGCGCGCCGACUGAUGUCCACGUUCCAUUCCCAGAUGCUCGACGAGAUUCAGCGCGGGAUAGCAGAGCCUCAGCUCGGCAUUCGCUCGCCUGUACUCAAUCUAGGUGUUAGUGAGGAUGGAUUAGAUCUGGAUGCCAGUCGACGCGAAGCUUUGAGCCGUGGUGCCACGCGUUCGGAUUCUCAACGCCGCAGCGAACACGCCCGACGCUCGCGUAGCCAUCGCGAAUUUCAAGACUACCUGGUCGCUCGAGCUGACGCUCAAUCGCGCAAUUCCGCUCGUCCUCAUUUGACCCCCGGCUUUGCUCCAGCAGUGGCCUACCGGACGUCGACUUCUCCACACCCACCGUCGGAUAACAUUCAUCUCCCUCCCCUUCCGCUUCCUUCCAUGCGCCCCUCUGCGACCCGCCCUAACUACAAUAGCUUGCCCUCCGCUAUACUGCGAGACUAUCGUAACGGCAAUGCGCCGAGCCGAAUGCCUCGCGAUUCCACCAUCGAUGGUCUGGGAGAUCGCCAGCGGAGUCCAAGCCCUGAUGUGGAGCGCGAAAAUGAUGCAUGGGAGACUUUGCUAUCCACUAUCACUCCGGAUGCAAACCCACCGUCCACUGACACGUCCUUCUCAUCAAUGGUAACGGCUGAAACUCGACGCAACGCGUCCACGCUGGCUUCGUCUAUGCUCCCACCAAACUCGGCCCCCACGAGCCUCGUGCAUUUGGCGCUUGAUCCGUACCCUAGCACCCUUCAUCCCUGUGAUCUUUCUUCUUCUGACGAGGAUGAUGAGGAUACUCCGGUCAACUAUCAUCGCUACAUAAAUUCCACAAAUCCCACAGUCUCGUUACUCCGCCCCGGCGUGUAUUCAACCAUGAGCAGCCACCCUCCUAUCCCCACAAUCUCUUUUUCCCUUUCCGACUCAGGCGAUACGGAUCUCCAACAAAUGCGGGCCAUCCUAGACCGAUUGGCUCGUCGAGAGGAUAUUCCCGAUGACUGGUGGGCCGGGGCUGGUCUCUCCCGCACCAUUGGCCGCGGUCUCAAUGCCGGUAUCGAGCGCAAUGAAACCGAGGGCAACGAGUGA